GGUACCGGAAGUGUACGCAAUUUAAACCUUUCCCCUACCCACUGCAUGACAAAACUAUCGUCGGUACUGAGGUUUCGGGACCGCUGUUGUGGAGAUUUUAUUCUUUAUUGUGUAUGACUCCUCAAUCUGUCUUUGCAACGCCUUCAUUGAUUGAUUGAGGAAAACGUUGGACAGAGGACUGAGUCUUCAGAGUGGAAGGAUCUCAAUUGCAAAGUCUGAAUCUAGGCAUCCAUUCAGUUUGGUUGUGUUGCCCAAAGAGUGAAGUUAAACAUUGACUUCUAAAAGCAAGAACAAAGAUGGAGCUAAACAAUCAAACUUGUCAGUCCAUCGUCAAAGAGGAGGUUCUGGCAAAAGGCAAAUGGGCUCAGCUUUUCCAGACAACCUACAUCGACCCUGCUGGCAAAACCAGGGUAUGGGAAACGGUGAAAAGAACGACCAGGAAACCGAAUAGUAAAUGUGAUGGUGUAGGUAUACUGGCAGUGCUGAAAAGGACACUCCAUUACGACUGCUUGAUCCUGGUGAAACAGUUCAGACCACCAAUGGGAUGCUACUGCCUGGAACUCCCUGCCGGUCUCAUUGAUGAUGGGGAGACUGCAGAAGCAGCAGCCUUGCGGGAGCUGUUGGAGGAGACCGGAUACAAGGGAGAGAUCAGUGGCACUGGUCCAGUUGUCUGCAUGGAUCCAGGGCUGAGCAACUGCACAAUGCAGUUUGUGUCUGUUAAUAUUAAUGGGGACGAUUCAGAAAACAUCAAACCCAAGCAGAGACUGGAUGACGGAGGUACGUUUUAAAAUGUUUUUUAAAACCUUGGAUGUCUGGCUUGGCUAAAGUUUGUUGAAGUUAUUUUAAUUCCUUUGAAUGAACUUCGAAAGAAAAUUGAUGAAAUGCUCCAAAAUGAAAAUAUUAUCGUGGAUUCCCGAGUUUACAUCUAUGCAUUGGGUUUAACCCACGCAACAUCCAAGCCAGAUGUAUUGCCUGUUUUGAAAGCAUGAAGGUUGGGGUGGGGGGAGGGGGAAACGGGGUGGAGAUCUUCUUGCCUGGAGGUAAAACAGCUCUUGGAGGAAACUGUAAAGGAGGAAAAUAUUCCAUUUGAAGACAUUUAACCCCAUUAUUAUAAUCUGCUAUUAUGUAAAUUCCUACAAUAUUAAGCAUUGAUAGGUUUAGAAUUGGGUCUAGAGUAUCAAGACCUGCUUUAUUUUCAAAGGGAAUGUACUGUUAACUUGAAAGUCUCAUUAAUGACAUUUUGUCAGAGCUGUAGCUGUCCACUCAGGAUUUGCAAUGAGCAUGCAUAGAGUUGGAGAUAGUUAUGUUCUGGUUUUUUUUUCAAAUCCCUCCAUAGUGCAAUUAUAAAAUUGUAAGAUUCUCACUAGUGUGAGAUUGAUAAAUGACAAAUCAAGUUGAAUACAGUUGUUGCAUCUUCAUGAAAGAAAUUAUUUAAAGCUGCCAGGAAACUGGGUCUCGUGAGAGAGGAUGUGGCCAAACCCAAGACUUCCAUGAAUCUCAAAUUAGACAAAACCAUAAAGACAUAGGAGCAGAAUUUAAGCUAUUUUGCCCAUUGAGUCUGCUCCUCCAUUCCAUCAUGUCUAAUUUAUUAGUCCUCUUAACCCCAUAUUACACUGAGGUUGAAUUUAUCUUGGCCCAUUUGGUUUUCUGCUGUAUAAUGGGUUCCUGAUACCAUAUUCAGGCUGUUUGGGAAUGCACUGGAUAAAUUUCCCUUUGUCCGUUAAUGAAGUUCAGAUUCCCUCAGCUUCCCACCAUUCACCAAACCAGUUAAUCAUCAGAUUCCAUCAGCUGACAUACCAGUGCAGUGGAAGGAGUGGAUGCAGUCAGGGGUGCCAGCUUUUAGAUAAGACAGUAAUUUACACUGGGAUAGGGGCAGCACAUUCCACAGCAUUGACUGAUGUCCCUGAUACCCCAAUCUGUGUUUAUGCCUCUGUCAUUAUCUCAGUGCUAAGCACAAAUUGGUGUUACACUUCCAACCUUCCAGCUGUCUACCCUUCAAAAGCACUGAAUAGCACUGCAGAAUGUCUUCUGCUACUAAACCAUGCUAAAAACUAAACUGCUGGAGUUAGUCAGUGGGUCAGACAACAUCCGGGGAAGCAGGCCAAUGUUUUGGAUCAGACUGUGACACAUUUCUCUGCCUCCACCGAUGUUGCCUGACUCAUUUGUGUUCCUCCAGCAGUUUGUAUUCUUUAAGCUCCUGAUUUCAGCAUCGGCAGUCUCUAAAGAAAUGCAGGUCUGUUGAGGAUUUUUUUUUUGAAUGAAGCUGGUGCCACGUGGGCAAGAUUGCAAGGAAGAUUAUGAUGGGUCCCAUUUUUUUCAAAUCCCUGCAGUCCUGGACCAGACAACAUGUACACCUUCUCUCAGAACUCAGCUAGCCAUCAAUCAGUUUUUACUGUCUGGGACCAUUCCUUUUGCACUUGACUGACAGAUCUAUCAUUUAACAAUUCUGCAAUAAACCGCAAAGCAGUUUAAUCAAAAAAUGCAUUCCACCUGCUACAGAGGAUUCUUUUGCAAUGUUAUUAAUACAUUUAGCAAUAGAUUUCUUUCUGUGAGUGGCUCUUAAGAUGGCAUUUUAGGUAUGUAAUGUUAAAAUUGUUGCUUUAUGAAAGAAAGCAACUUUAACGUGGGUUGGUGUCACUGUUAAGUAUACAUUUUGGAAUAUAGCUGAAGAUGUUUUGUGAGGUUAUUGCACAAGGAUGUUACUUCCAGUCUAGUGUUAGGAGCAAACUGCUUGCUAUUUGAAUAGGAUAAGUAUAAUGUCCAAUUCACAACUCUGAACAGGUAAAUUAUGCAAAAUGUAACAUAGGAAAGGGGUUAAUAUGGAGGCUUAGUAUUUCCGAAAAUCUUGUCCGUCAUACUCAGUCUUUAUAUGACAGCUGUAUACUAGAUCAGCAUUUAGUUCAAUUGGUUAAGUUUGGUAAGCUCAUUGGAAGCAUGAAGAAUCUCAUAAUUGAAAUCAUUCCAACAGUUGACACUGACAAGUAUUGACUUCUGUACAAAAUUACUGUAAUACCUUCAUUAAAACACUAUAUAUAUAUAUAUAUAUAUAUAUACAGUUCUUGUUUCUCUCCGCAUGAUACCAAACAAAAUGUACUUGCAAAUUAUUGCCAAGUAGUUUUGUGGAAGAUUGGUUUUUCAAUCUCUAAACUUUGAGGAGUGUGCUACAUUUUAACACAUUUAGAAAGGUCAUUUACAACACCUACAGUUGCAAUUACCUGGUUUUCUGCAUUAAUUACUCAUAAAAUGUGGUCUGAUCUUCAUUUAAGUCACAAUAAUAGACAAACACAAUCUGCCUAAACUAAUAACACACAAUUGUACUUCUCGUCAUUACUAGGUACACCAUUUAAACAAUCAGUCUAGGUUCAAACAAGUAUGUGAACCUCUGGGGUAAUGCCUUCUACAAAAGCUAUUUGGAGUCAGCUGUUCCAAUUAAUCAGUUGAGAUUGGAGGUGUGGGUUGUUGUGGUACCCUGCCCUUUAAAAAAGACACAAAGUCAAGUUACUGACAGAGCCUGCGCUUCUCAAGAAAGAUCUCUUUAUGUACCCCAUGCCUUGAUCAAAACAACUUUGAGGAUCUUAGAAAAAUUGUAAAGAUGCGUGAAGCUAGAAAAGGCUACAAGAGCAUUUCUAAAGACCUGAGUGUUCAUCAGUCCACAACAAGAAAAAUUAUCUACAAAUGGAGGAAAUUUAGUACUUGUUGCUCCUCUCCCUAGGACUGGGUGUCCUGCAAAGAGUACAAUGUGCAAUGCUGAUGGAGCUGAAAAAGAACCCAAGGGUAACAGCCAAAGACCUGCAGAAAUCUCUAGAACUUGCUGAAGUCUGUGUUCAUGUGCCCACUACAAGAAAAGCUCUGAACAAGAGUAGUGUUCGUGGAAAGACAGCACAGAGGAAGCCACUGCUCUCCAAAGAAAACAAUGUUGCACGUCUCAAGUUUGCAAGGACCACCUGGAUGUUCCUCAUCGUUUCUGGGACACAGUUCUGUAGACAGCGGAGACAAAAGUUUAACUUUUGUUUGGGGCUGCUUUGCCUGGACAGCUUGCAAUCAAUAGGGAACAAUGAAUUCAAAAUUGUAUCAAGACAUUUUACAGGAGAAUGUCAGGGUAGCGGUCCAUCACCUGAAACUUAAUAGAAGUUGGAUGAUGCAACAAGACAAUGAUCUGAAACAUGAGUAAAUCAACAACAAAAAGAAGAAAAUUCAUGUUUUGGUAUGGCCCGGUCAGGAUCCAGAUCUUAGCUCAAUUGAGAUGCUGUGGCAUAACCUGAAGAGAGGGCUGUUCAUAUAAGGUACCUCAGAUAUUGAUGAACUGAAACAGUCUUGUUAGGAGGAAUGGCCUGAAGUUCCUUCAAGCCAAUGUGCAGGACUGAUCAACAGUUACCAAAAACGUUUGGUUGAAGUUGUUGCUGUACAAGGGUUUCACACCAGUUACUGAAAGCAAAGGUUCACAUACUUUUUCCAGCAAAUACAUGUAAUAUUGGAUCAUUUUUCUCAAUAAAUG